AUGGGGAGGACGGGCGCUGGGUUUGCGCUGCUGACGCUGCUGCUGCUGCUCCCGCAGCCCGCGUCCCAGUUCUGGCUCUUCAAUGUCCUCUUCCCACCCACCUCCACCCCAGAGGCACCCCCGACCAACAGCACGCCGCCCGUGGUGCUCGUGCCCGGGUGUCUUGGGAACCAGCUGGAAGCCAAGCUGGACAAGCCAGAUGUGGUGAACUGGAUGUGCUACCGUAAAACUGAGGACUAUUUCACCAUCUGGCUCAACCUCAACACAUUCCUGCCAGUGGGAGUUGACUGCUGGAUCGAUAACACCAGGGUGGUGUACAACCGAACCUCCCGGAAAAUGUCCAACGCCCCUGGGGUGCACAUCCGUGUACCUGGCUUCGGCAAGACCUAUUCUGUGGAAUACCUGGACCAGAGCAAACUGGCAGGUUACCUGCACACCCUGGUGCAGAACCUGGUGAACAACGGCUACGUGAGGGACCAGACGGUUCGGGCAGCCCCCUAUGACUGGAGGGUCGGGCCCCAGGAGCAACCCGAAUACUUCCAGAACCUGAAGGCGCUGAUAGAGGAGAUGCACGACGAGUACCAGCAGCGUGUCUUCCUCAUCGCGCACAGCAUGGGCAACCUCAACGUCCUCUACUUCUUGCUACAGCAGAGACAAGCCUGGAAAGAUCAGUACAUCGGGGGCUUCAUCUCCCUGGGUGCCCCCUGGGGCGGGUCUGUCAAGCCCCUGCGUGUCCUGGCAUCUGGUGAUAACCAGGGCAUCCCGCUGAUGUCCAACAUCAAGCUGCGCGAAGAGCAGCGCAUGACCACCACCAGCCCCUGGAUGUUCCCAACAAGCCUGGCCUGGCCUGAGGACCACAUUUUCAUCUCCACACCCUCCUACAAUUACACCUACCGGGACUACAAGCAGUUCUUCACCGAUGUCAACUUGGAGGAUGGCUGGUACAUGUGGGAGGACAUGAAGGACUUGCUGAAGGGCUUACCCCCUCCUGGUGUGGACACGUAUUGCCUCUAUGGCACGGGCUAUCCCACCGUGGAGACUUACAUAUACGAUGAGCACUUCCCUUACGAGGACCCCGUGGACAUGAUUUACGGGGACGGGGAUGACACUGUCAACAGGCGCAGCUCGGAGCUGUGCAAGCGGUGGCGCAACCAGCAGAAGCAGAAAGUCCACAUCCAGGAGCUGCGAGGCAUCGAUCACCUCAACAUGGUCUUCAGCAACCUGACGCUGAGCUCCAUCAAUGAAAUACUGCUGGGGAGCUCGCAGGUCGGGGCUGGCACCAAGGAGCACGGGGAGCUGGGGCAGACGGGUGCUCUGAAAUCCAGCCCGGAGGCAGGGAGGAGGGGGAAGAACUGAAGGAGAUGGUGGCCAGCUUCCCUCCAUGCUGGUAUCCACCAGAAGCUGGCGUGCAGGGGGGCAAAGGACUCGGAGUUGGGUAUCUAUGAGAAGGAGCAAGACCAACGGCUCGGGUGGAUGGGCUGGCACCCACUUCCACUCUGAUUGUGUUGUGUGUUUUUUUUUGUUUUGGGAACGGUGAUUAAUUACACUUCAGAGGCUUGUCACUUCCCACUAGCGGAUGGAUAAUUAACCACGCUGCCAGCUCAUUAACAUCACACUCGUGGAUUCUGCUGUGUGCGCAAGCCCUCAUCGCUAGCAAGCUAUCUUUAGACACUUCAGACCAUGGUACCAUAGCCUCUGUCCACGCAGGACGGUGCCUUGCUGGGGUCCGUGAGCAGCUGUGUAGCACGGGUGGGCUCGUGGUGCCGGGGCAGCCACCACCGGGGUGGGCACGGGCAGGAGGACGGGCACAGCUCGCAGGAGAGCCCCCGCCAGCCUCCAGCGUGCAGGCAACGAGCUGGGCCCCCAGCAUGAGACCAGCUUAGAAUCAGCAGAUCUACCAAAUAAUAAAUAUACCUGGCUUCU